UUAAAAAAAAAAAGAAAAUAAAAGGGUAGUUGUAUCCGCCAACCUAAGCUCCUUAACUCCCCCUCCAAACUUACAUAAAAUAUUUUUGUUUUUUAUGUGUAUUUAAAAAAGCCUCUAUUAAAACUAGGCAUUUCCAAAUUGGUCAUAUUCAACAAUUCCCAAAUCCAAUUCCCUCAACCUCGGAAUCCACGGCGCCGAUGGCCGGAAUAUCCUCCGCCGUGCGGCGAAUCUACCUCACCGUCUACAAUUGGACGCUCUUCUUCGGCUGGCUCCAGGUGUUCUACCUCGCCCUCGCCACUCUCCGGCGGUCCGGCCACGAAUCCGUCUACGCCGCCGUCGAGAAGCCGCUCAUCCUCGCGCAGUCCGCCGCGCUGCUCGAGAUCCUCCACAGCCUCGCCGGAAUCGUCAGAUCUCCGGUCACCGCCACUCUGCCGCAGGUCGCCUCCCGGCUGUACGUCACCUGGGGAAUCCUCUACAGCUUCCCCGAAAUCCGGACGCAUUUCUUCGUCUCGUCGCUGGUGAUUAGCUGGUCGAUCACCGAGAUAAUCAGGUAUUCGUUUUUCGGAUUGAAGGAGGCGUUCGGAUCCGCGCCGUCGUGGAUGCUUUGGCUGAGGUACAGCACGUUUCUGAUGUUGUACCCUACGGGAAUCACGAGCGAGGUAGGGCUGAUCUACUAUGCGCUGCCGUAUCUGAAGGAAAAUGGGGGGAAAUUCAGCAUCAGGAUGCCGAAUAGGUGGAAUUUCUCGUUUGAUUAUUACUGUAAUGCGCUGCUGGUUCUCGCGUUCUAUGUUCCUGGCAGUCCUCAUCUCUAUGGCUACAUGUUGGAGCAGAGGAAAAAAGCCCUCUCCAAAGCUAAGACGGCGUGAUUUGGAUCUGCUGUUGAAAAUUUGAUGUAUGCUCUGUAGAAUUUGAUUUUGUGUUGCUGAGUUAAUCUGAUUUGUAAUGAUUCAAAGUAGUUCGUUUUUUCCAAGUGCUUCUACUGUA